AUGCUGCGCUGCGGGGCCCCCCUGGCCGCGCUGCUGCUGGCGGCGCUGAGCCUGACCCGCGGGGAUCCCCGGUCCCCCGACCCCCCGCCGAUCACCGGUUGCGGGAUGGAGGCGCCGAGCCGCCGUGCCGCCCCCACGCAUCACCCUUACGGGCUGUACCCGCAGGGUCCCGGCGCGCACGGGGUGCUCGGCGCUGCAGCCCCGCCGGGCUCCGGGCCACCGCGGAGCCGGAGACCGCGGGGAGCCGGGGGAGGCGGAGAGGAGCCGGGGACCGAGGCGAACGGCCAGGUCCGGAGGGAAAGGCUACGGGGCCGGGAGCCGCAGGUGCCGAGCCCCCCCCGGGAGCGGCCGCUGCCCGCCCUGUACUUCUCCGGCGGCCGGGAGCAGCUGGCGGCGCGGCCGGAGGCGCUGCCCGACAUCCCGCGGGAGGAGUUCACCCUGGAGGUGUGGGUGAAAGCGGAGGGCGGACAGAGCAACCCGGCCAUCAUCGCAGGCGUCUUCGACAACUGCUCGCACACGGCCAGCGAUAAGGGCUGGGCGCUGGGUAUCCGCGCCCUGCAGCUCGGCGGCAAGAAGGACGCCCGCUUCUUCUUCUCCCUCCGCACGGACCGGGCGGCCACCGCCACCGAGGUGACCGCCUACCACCGCUACCGCCCCGAGGCAUGGACCCACCUGGCCGCCAGCUACGACGGGCGGUGGAUGGCCCUCUACGUGGACGGGGCGCGGGUGGGCCGCGCCGGCGGGCAGGGGGGACCCCUGCACAGUGCCUUCAUGGCCUCCUGCCGCACGCUGCUGCUGGGGGGGGAUGCCUGGGGGACCGCGCACGCUUUCCGGGGACACCUGGCCGGGCUGGCCCUGUGGCGGGGUGCCCUGUCCCAACCCCAUCUCCAGCGUCCCUUCCUAGAGGGGGCAGCCGGGGGGGUGGCAGGGCUGGCUCUGGCCGCCGGCUUCGCCACCCCGGAGGAGCGCUGGGCGCCUUUUCGGGAGAGCGCCUUCCCCCGGCAGUGGGUGCUGCCGUCCCCGCUGUCCCCCGUCCUGCGGCCGCUGGGCCCCCCUGCCUGCGGGCAGACUGCCUGCGAUAACGUGGAGCUGGUCUCCCACUACAACCAGCACUGGCCGCUGCGGAGCGGGAAGGUGGUGCGGUACCGGGUGGUGAAUUUGGUGGAGGACGAUGGCGGGCGGCCGACGGUCAGCCGGGAGCAGGUUUGGCGGCAGCACUGGGCGCUGAGUGAAGCUUUCCGACCUUACAACAUCUCCUGGCAGCUCAGCUUGCUGGAGGUACGCAACUCCUCCCUGCGCCGCCGCGCCAUCCUCCUGGGCUGCGAGCCCAGCAAGGUGGGCAACGAGCGCUGCGACCCCGAGUGCGAGCAUCCCCUGACUGGCUACGACGGCGGGGACUGCCGCCGGCCCGGCCGCUGCUUCUCCUGGAAGCGCCGCGACGGCGUCUGCCACAUGGAGUGCAACAACAUGUUGGAUGACUUCGAUGACGGCGACUGCUGCGACCCGCGGGCCACCGACGUGGCCAGGACCUGCUUUGACCCCGACUCGCCCCAGCGGGCGUACAUGAGCGUGAAGGAGCUGAAGGAGGCACUGCAGCUGAACAGCACCCACUUCCUCAACGUUUACUUUGCCAGUUCGGUGAGGGAAGAGUUGGCUGGUGCUGCCACUUGGCCAUGGGAUAAAGAGGCCCUUAGUCACCUGGGUGGAGUUGUCCUCAACCCUGCUUAUUACGGUAUGCAUGGCCACACGAACACCAUGAUCCACGAAGUGGGACAUGUCCUGGGACUGUACCAUGUCUUUAAGGGAGUGAGCGAGCGGGAAUCUUGUGACGAUCCCUGCAGGGAGACAACUCCGUCUAUGGAGACGGGAGACCUCUGUGCCGACACUGCCCCCACCCCAAAGAGUAAGCUCUGUCGGGAUCCAGACCCUGCCAAUGACACCUGCGGCCAGACACAUUUCACGGGAACGCCCUUCAACAACUACAUGAGUUACACAGAUGACGACUGCACCAACGCCUUCACGCCCAACCAAGUGGCCCGGAUGCAUUGCUACCUGGACCUGGUGUACCAGCGCUGGGGCCAGAGCAAGAAGCCUGCCCCCAUCCCGAUCCCUCCCAUGGUCACGGGGCAGACGCAGGACUCCCUCAGCAUCUACUGGCUGCCCCUCAGCGGUGUCAUCCACGAGAGGGAGCAGGACACGCUCUGUGACGACUGCGCGGAGGACGGCACCUUCCGUCAGUAUGUGCACGAGGCCUCUUCCCCUCGGGUCUGCGAUUCCUCCGGCUACUGGACCCCAGAAGAAGCAGAAGGACCCCCAGACGUGGAUCAGCCCUGUGAGCCCAGCCUGCAGGCCUGGAGUCCGGAGCUCCACCUGUACCACAUGAACAUGACAGUGCCGUGCCCCCAGCCAGAUGGCUGCAUCCUGGAGCUGCGCUUCCUGCACCCUGUCUACCCCAAUUCCCUCACCCUCUGGACCACGUACCUCUCCACGGGCUCUCCCAAGGUGCUUUCUGACAUUGAAGUCCUGACAGAGCAGGGGGAGUCCAUCCAUCUGGGCCCCCUGGACACCUUCUGUGAUGUCCCCUUUACUGUGAAGCUCGACAUACCUAAAAAGGUGUCCGGAGUCAAAAUCUACACCUUUGAUGAGAGGAUGGAGAUAGACACGGCCCUGCUGACCUCCAUGCCCCACAGCUCUCUCUGCUCCGCCUGCAAGCUGAUCCAGUACCGAGUCCUCCGCGACCCCCCAUUUGCAAACGGAUCCCCUGCCACCCCAGCACAGGCGCACCGCCAGUUCGUCGACACGGAAGUCACGCCUGGGCAGGUGUACCACUACCAGGUGCAGGCAGUCUCUGGGACAACCUCAGGAGAAGCCUCCCCACCGCUCGUCCAUGUCCACGGAGCACCCUACUGUGGGGACGGGAAGGUGACCACGAGCCUGGAGGAGGAAUGCGAUGAUGGGGACUUGCUGGAUGGAGAUGGCUGUUCCAGAAAGUGUAAAAAGGAAAAAGGCUUCAACUGUGUCGGGGAACCAAGCCUGUGCUAUGUGCACGAUGGGGACGGUGUGUGUGAGCCAUUUGAGAAGACAAGCAGUGUCCUGGACUGUGGUCCCUACACGCCCGAUGGAUAUGUGGAUCUGUGGGCAGCGAAAGCCUAUGCCUCCCAUCAGGAUGCGAAGUCCUGCCCUGCUUCCUUGGUCACUGGAGAGCCUGUUGUGAAGGUAUGUAAAUCCCACCUUCACGAUGUGCCAAAGGACCUUUCCCUGGCUGCUUGGUUCCCCUGCACUCCCAGCCGAGACAACGCUCAGGAUCCAGAUGAGGAGAGGAUGCCCUUGGGCGAUGCGGGAGUUUGGCUCAAGGUGUGCUUUGAGAGACCCACAGUGCCCACCUCCCUCCUGGUCUACCUGGCCUCUGACGGCACCAUCCCAAGUAACCAGCGCAAGCCGAGGGUCACUGUCCAGCUGAGCGACAUAGAUGGGCUGAACCGCUCUUUGGGGAUGUACGAGCUGUCAUGCCAGCACAACCCCCUCGUCAUCAACGUGACCCAUGGCCAGGAGGACCCAUCCCACCGGGCUGCUUCGGUGCUGCUCAACUUCUCCUCCCCACUCGUGGGCAUCGCAGCCGUGGCCUUGCGGACCUCAGCUCAGCCUGGCUCUUCUGACCCCACCACCUGCCUCCUGCAACAUGAGGAGGAGCAUGGCCAUCAGCACUACAGCUGCGUCCACAGUGCCUGUGCAGGAUCGGGAAGCUGCACGCGGCCGCUGCUUGCUCACGCUGCCACCCUCAACUGUACCUCCGACGGCCCGAGGCACAUGGCAUGCAGCAUCGCCUGUGAAAAGGGCUUUGUCCUCCACUCCGGCAAUGGGAAGAGCCUGGGCUCCACGCAGCAGGAGGUGGUGCUGAUAUGCAGCUCGGGACGCUGGGACAGAUCUGUGACUUGUGACCCUGUCGACUGCGGCGUCCCUGACCAGUCCCACGUGUACUACGCCGAGUUCUCCUGCCCCAAGGGGACCACCUACCUGCAGAGAUGCUCCUUCUCCUGCAUCCACCCAGCCAAGCUUCAAGGAACAAACCAGUGGCUGACCUGCCUGGAGGACGGUCUCUGGUCGCUCCCUGAAGCCUACUGCAAGCUGGAGUGCGACGCGCCUCCCGCGGUGGCCAACGCCAAGCUCCUGGUCCCGCGGUGCCUGCAGGGGAACCACGACGUCGGCUCGGUCUGUCGCUACAAGUGCAAGCCUGGAUACCACGUGGCCGAGAACGCAGCAGGCAAGCCCAAGAAGAAGUUCCUGAAGGUCCAGUGCCUGGAGAGCGGGCAGUGGGAAGAGGGGCACUGCGUCCCCGUGGUGUGUGAGCCCCCCCCUCCCGUCUUCGAGGGCAUGUACAACUGCACGCAGGGCUUCGAGCUGGACAGCCAGUGCGUCCUCAACUGCGAGCCGCAGGGACAACAGGUUCCCAUCAUCUGCACCAAGGAGGGCUUAUGGACAGAGGAGUUCAAACUGUGUGAGAGCUUACGGGGCACCUGCUCACCACCCCCAGAGCUGAAUUUCGUGGAGUACAAGUGCGAGCAGGGGCACGGCAUAGGUGCUGUGUGCAUACCUUCCUGUAUCAUACCUCCCAGCGACCCUGUCAUACUGCCCGAAAACGUAACUGCUGAGACUAUGGAUCACCGUCUGCAGCCCACCAGAGUCCAGCAUGUUGUGUGCACGGGCAGGCUGCGGUGGUACCCAGACCCCUCCGUCAUUCACUGCAUCCAGUCGUGUGAGCCCUUCCAAGCAGACGGCUGGUGCGACACCAUCAACAACCGGGCAUACUGCCAGUAUGACGGGGGUGACUGCUGCUCCUCCACACUGUCCUCCAGGAAGGUGAUCCCGUUUGCUGCUGACUGUGACCAGGACGAAUGCACGUGCCGCGACCCGGCGGCCGAGGAGAACCAGUAGCGGCACCACGAAGGGCCUC